GAGUCCAAUUGGUACCAAAUUAAAACAGGUUCUGGUUCCAUUAGAGCUGAACAGAACAUGGAUCAGUAAAAUGAAAGGAGCAAAGUCUUUGUGUUCAAACUGGGAGUUAUGAGAAGAAUUCAUGUCUUGUGAAGUCAGCAGGUAAACAUUCCUCUGACUUCCAGUCAGUACCAAUUAAACCAGUUUGGGUUCAUUUCUCCUCACAAAACGUUCAGUUUAAACUGUUCAGGUGUGGUACCAGUCUGUUUCUACUGUGGUUCUGUUGGGUCUCCGUUUGUUGUUCAGAUAUUCUUCUUCAACUGUUUGGAUCAUUUGAACAAACUGUGAAGGUAGAAAGUGUGUGUGAGCUGAUGUGAAUUCAGCAGCAUGGAUCAGUGUGAGGACAGAGAGGAGGGAGUCCCUCCCUCUAAAACCACUCUGUGUGGGGAAGAUGAGAGCCAGAGCAAAGGUCAGAGGAGCCAUCAGAGACUCAAACCAGAACCAGAACCAGAACCCAGCUGUGUGUCCUUGAAGAGUGACUGGUCAAAGGGUGGGCUCAUUGACUUUAAAUCUCCUGGAUCUCCACCAUCAGAGAGAGUGAACCAGCAGAGCUCAGAGGUUCCCAGUGGUCCGUCAGUCCAGCAGCAUCAACCACAGCUGGACAUCAUAUUUAUGCUACUGGAGGAAAACAUUGUCACUUUUGUGAAGAAAGAACUGAAGAAAAUCCAGAAAGUUCUGAGUCCAGAUUACCCAGGACGUUCAGAGAGUCAAAGAGAUGAUGAGUUGUUGGAAGGUGAUGAUGAAGAGCAGAGGAAGAGCAGCAGAGAGGCAGUGAUGAAGAUCACACUGAACUUCCUGAGGAGGAUGAAGCAGGAGGAGCUGGCUGACCAUCUGCAGAGCAAACUAUUUGCUGCAGUUUGUCAACAUCAACUUAAAUCUGGUUUGAAGAAGAAGUUCCAGUCUGUGUUUGAGGGAAUUGCUAAAGCAGGAAGUCCAACCCUUCUGAACCUGAUCUACACAGAGCUCUACAUCACAGAGGGAGGGACUGGAGAGGUCAAUGAUGAACAUGAGGUCAGACAGAUUGAAACAACAUCCAGGAAACCAGACAGACCAGAAACAACAAUCAGACAAGAAGACAUCUUUAAAGUCCCACCUGGAAGAGAUCAACCAAUCAGAACAGUGAUGACAAAGGGAGUGGCUGGCAUUGGGAAAACAGUCUUAACACAGAAGUUCACUCUGGACUGGGCUGAAGACAAAGCCCACCAGAACAUCCAGUUUAUAUUUCCAUUCACUUUCAGAGAGCUGAAUGUGCUGAAAGACAAAAAGUUCAGCUUGGUGGAACUUGUUCAUUACUUCUUUAGUGAAACCAAAGAAAUCUGCAGCUUUGAAAACUUCCAGGUUCUGUUCAUCAUUGAUGGUCUGGAUGAGAGUCGACUUCCUCUGGACUUCCACAACAAGGAGAUCCUGACUGAUGCUACAGAGUCCACCUCAGUGGAUGUUCUGUUGACAAACCUCAUCAGGGGGAAACUGCUUCCCUCUGCUCUCCUCUGGAUAACCACACGACCUGCAGCAGCCAAUCAGAUCCCUCCUCAAUGUGUUGGCAUGGUAACAGAAGUGAGAGGGUUCAAUGACCCACAGAAGGAGGAGUACUUCAGGAAGAGAUUCAGAGAUAAGGAGCAGGCCAACAGGAUCAUCUCCCACAUAAAGACAUCACGAAGCCUCCACAUCAUGUGCCACAUCCCAGUCUUCUGCUGGAUCACUGCUACAGUUCUGGAGGAUGUGUUGGAGACCAGAGAGGGAGGAGAGCUGCCCAGAACCCUGACUGAGAUGUAUAUCCACUUCCUGGUGGUUCAGACCAAAGUGAAGAAGGUCAAGUAUGAUGGAGGAGCUGAAACAGAUUCACACUGGAGUCCAGAGAGUAGGAAGAUGAUUGAGUCUCUGGGAAAACUGGCUUUUGAUCAGCUGCAGAAAAGAAACCUGAUCUUCUAUGAAUCAGAUCUGACAGAGUGUGGCAUCGAUAUCAGAGCAGCCUCAGUGUACUCAGGAGUGUUCACACAGAUCUUUAAAGAGGAGAGAGGUCUGUACCAGGACAAGGUGUUCUGCUUCAUCCAUCUGAGUGUUCAGGAGUUUCUGGCUGCUCUUCAUGUUCAUCUGACCUUUAUCAACUCUGGCUCUGACGUGAUGGAAGAAACACAAAGAUCUAAGAAGUCUUCUUUACUUAAUAAAUCUGACCUAAAAGUUCUCCAUCAGAGAGCUGUUGACCAGGCCUUACAGAGUCCAAAUGGACACCUGGACUUGUUCCUCCGCUUCCUCCUGGGACUUUCACUGCAAAUCAAUGAGAGACUCCUACAAGGUCUGCUGACAAAGACAGGAAGUAGCUCACAGACCAAUCAGGAAACAGUUCAGUUCAUCAAGAAAAAAAUCAGUAAAAAAGUAUCUGCAGAGAAAAGCGUCAAUCUGUUCCACUGUCUGAAUGAACUGAAUGAUCGUUCUCUAGUGGAGGAGAUCCAACAGUCUCUGAGUUCAGGAAGUCUCUCCACAGAUAAACUAUCUCCUGCUCAGUGGUCAGCUCUGGGUUUCAUCUUAGUGUCAUCAGGAAAAGAUCUGGAUGUUUUUGACCAGAAAAAAUACUCUGCUUCUGAGGAGGUUCUUCUGAGGCUGCUGCCAGUGGUUAAAGCCUCCAACAAAGCUCUACUGAGUGGCUGUAACCUCUCAGAGAGAAGCUGUGAAGCUCUGUCCUCAGUUCUCAGCUCCCAGUCCUCCAGUCUCAGAGAACUGGACCUGAGUAACAACAACCUGCAGGAUUCAGGAGUGAAGCUUCUCUCUGCUGGACUGAAGAGUCCAAACUGCAACCUGGAAACUCUCAGGUAAAAUGUUCUCAAUCCUGGUGAAACCAGAUUUCUGUCCAUUACAUUCUAUCAGUUAUGAUGCAAAUGUUUUUUCAAUAGUAGAGUAAAAUAAUAAUAAAUGUCUUACUAUUAGAUGGUAACCAUCCUAAGU